AUGGUGCAACAGCUCCAGAGGUUAUCGCUGCCAGAUGGAAAUGGUGCGCCAGAGAAGAAACACUAUCGUUCUACUUCAGAUCUGAGCGAUCCUUCAACCCCGCGAAUCAUUGAGGACUCGAGGAAGAACGCAGGCCUAUACACCCAUGUCAUUGCGUUUACGCUAUUUGAGCUUGAGACCAUUACCAAGAGCUUUCGUUCUGACUACAUUCUAGGCGAGGGAGGUUUUGGAACCGUGUAUAAGGGUUACAUAGACGAGAAUGUGAGGGUUGGCCUCAAAUCUCUCCCCGUUGCUGUCAAGGUUCUCAACAAGGAGGGUCUUCAGGGCCACAGAGAAUGGCUUUGGUUGAACACUGAAGUAUUUACUUUCAAUUCCAUAAACCUACCUUAUAUUCUGUAG